GUGCACAGAGAGGAGGAACAUGUCCGCCGUGCAGCAGCUGCGGGUGUCGGUACAUGAGCCGAUCAGCGCUGCCGCUGAAGACUUUCUGCUGCAGGUGGAGAAAGGAGGAGGAAAGGCUCAAGUCCCGGCGAUGAGAGCGCUGCUCACUGAGCGGCUCACGGCUGCAGGGGAGGAGAUCCUAGCGGGGCUUGAGGAAACCUUGGCAGAGUACGAGGACCGAGUGGAGCAGUCUGAUCGGGUGAUCUGCCGCCAGAGGAAGCUGCUCGAUGCCGUGAUGCAGCCCGAAGUCCGGCUACACCGAGCAGUGUGUCCUGCAGACGUCCAGCAACUGAUGGUGAAUAACGAAGAGGUUCUCCCUGAGCAGCAGCUCUGGAGCCCCCUAGUGGACCAGGAGGACCCAGAGCCCCCCCACAUUAAAGAGGAACAGGAGGAACCGUGGACCAAUCAGGAUGGACAGCAGCUUCCAGGACUGGAGGAGGCUGAUAUCAAGUUCACAUUGACUCAUGUCGCUGUGAAGAGUGAAGAAGAUGAAGAGAAACUUAAAUCGUCAAAGCUCCAUCCGAUUGAGACGAAGGAGAACAGAGCUGACUGUGGAGGACCAGAACCAGCCAGGAACUCAGGUCCUGAUGGACGUUUACAACCAAGUCCUGAGGACAAGACUGAAGAUUCUUCUGAGACUGAAGGCUGUGUGGAUGAUUGUAUGGGGACCAGGGAAGCUCCGACUGGUCUAAAUCCAAGAAAUAACAAACAGCCUCUAAUUGAAAUGGGAUGUAAGAAUCUAAAUAAACAUAUGAGGAACCAUACAGGAGAGAAACGCUUUAGUUGCUCUGAGUGUGGUAAAAGAUUUAUCCAAAAGGGGGAUCUAAAUAUACAUAUGAGGAUUCAUACAGGAGAUAAACCGUUUGGUUGCUCUGAGUGUGGUAAACGAUUUAUCCAAAAGGGGGAUCUAAAUCAACAUAUGAGGAUCCAUACAGGAGAGAAACCGUUUAGUUGCGCGAAGUGUGGUAAAAGAUUUAAACGAAAGAGCUAUAUAGAAAUACAUAUGAGGACUCAUACAGGAGAGAAAUCGUUUAGUUGCUCUGAGUGUGGUAAACGAUUUAACCAAACGAGCAGUCUAGAAAGACAUAUGAGGGGUCAUAGAGGAGAGAAACAGUUUUGUUGUUCUGAGUGUGGUAAAAGAUUUAACCAAAGGGCCAAUCUAAAUAUACAUAUGAGAAUUCAUACAGGAGAGAGACCGUUUAGUUGCUCUGAGUGUGGUAAACGAUUUAACCAAAAGGGCAGUCUAAAUACACAUAUGAGGAUUCAUACAGGAGAGAAACCGUUUAGUUGCUCUGAGUGUGGUAAAACAUUUAAUGAAAGGGGCAAUCUAAAUACACAUAUGAGGCGUCAUACAGGAGAGAAACAGUGUAGUUGAUCUGACUGGUAAAAGAUUUAAGAUUCAGUCCUAUUGUACGAGACAUGUGAGGAUUCAUAAAGGAGAGAAGUGAUUCAGUUGCAACCUUUGCAACAUAAUAUUUAUUAGGAUUUAUCAGCAGAUAUUCUUAUCAUAAAUAUUCAUAGUUCACUGUUUUAAAUAGACAAUUAACAGUUUUGAUGUCCCUAGAAAAUAUAACUCAUGAAAUAACAUGAAAGAUUUAGGUUUUAUAUAUCUUGUUUCUCCUGAUUUCUACAGAAUUGAUAUAUUUUUCAUAAUGUCCUUCAUUUCAUUUUAAGGUUAAAGUGUGUUCCUUGCGCAGUAUGAAUGUGUUCUUAACUAGUUCAUUUGAUUAAAUAUGUUUUAAAACAAUG